CCCCCGCGGACUCCAUUUCCCGAGGAGCCGAGCGGCGGCGCCCGGUGACGGCCAAGGAAGCGCGGCUGAGCCGAGCCGAGCCGUGCCAGAGGCAGGGCUGUGGCCAUGACGGAGGCGGCGGGGCCGAAGUCCAAGCGCAUCCUGGUGACGGGUGGCACGGGCUUGGUGGGCAGAGCCAUCCAGAAGGUGGUGGCAGAUGGAGAGGGGCAGCCGGACGAGGAGUGGGUCUUCGUGUCCUCCAAAGACGCCGACUUAACGAGCGCUGCGGAGACCAAAGCCCUCUUCGAGAAGCACAAACCCACCCACGUCGUCCACCUGGCUGCCAUGGUCGGGGGCCUCUUCAAAAACAUCCGUUGCAACCUGGAUUUCUGGAGGAGAAACGUCCAUAUCAACGACAACGUCCUGCACUCGGCCUAUGAGUGCGGGGUGCAGAAGGUGGUCUCCUGCCUCUCCACCUGCAUCUUCCCGGACAAGACGACGUACCCCAUCGACGAGACCAUGAUUCACAACGGGCCACCGCACAGCUCCAACUUCGGCUACUCCUACGCCAAGAGGAUGAUCGACGUCCAGAAUAGGGGCUAUUUCGAGCAGCACGGCUGCCGCUUCACCGCUGUCAUCCCCACCAACAUCUUCGGGCCGCACGACAACUUCAACAUCGAGGACGGCCACGUGCUGCCGGGGCUCAUCCACAAGGUGUACCUGGCCAAACAGACUGGCUCUCCUCUGACCGUCUGGGGCACCGGCAAGCCCCGGAGGCAGUUCAUCUACUCUCCGGAUCUGGCCCGGCUCUUCCUUUGGGUCCUGCGGGAAUACGAGGAGGUGGAACCCAUCAUCUUGUCAGUGGGCGAAGAAGAUGAAGUCUCCAUCAAGGAGGCUGCAGAUGCGAUCGUGGAGGCCAUGGACUUCAGGGGAGAGCUCAUCUUUGACACCACCAAGGCAGACGGGCAGUUCAAGAAGACAGCCAGCAACGCCAAGCUCCGGCGCUACCUCCCCGGCUUCCAGUUCACCCCCUUCAGACAAGCCGUGCAGGAGACCUGCGCCUGGUUCAGCACCAACUACGCCAGCGCUAGGAAGUGAGGGAGGCAGCGGCCGCACGCGCAUCCUCUUCGACUCAGGGUUGUCCUCUGCCGGGGCAGAGGAUGGGGCUGGGGGGUGACGGUGACAUUCCCAAAGGUGGAUGGGGGCCAGGGUCCUGGUGAGCGGGGACAGGGAGGGGGAAGAGGGAAAGAAAUCAUCGAGUAGCAUCUUAACGUAGAAAAGCCUAAGGAGAAGACCCCAUGCUCAGGUAGGGGGAGGAUUGGGGACCCCAAAAGUGCUGCUGGACCCCAAAUGGGGCAGUAGCAGCCACCAGUGGCCACGUUCCUCCCCCAGGGCAGAGGCUGGCAGCUCCUGCUGGGCUACUAUGCUGCUAAUUACAUGUAAUUAGGCUGUAAUAAAGAGAAGCUGAUCAGGGCUGUUCCUGCAG